AUGGCAAGGUCAGAGUCUCCAAGAAGCCAAAUCUCUCAUUCUGCCUCUCGCUCACCAACUCCUGGUCCUCCUAUGCAAGAGGCUGAUGCAGCCACAAAGCCGGGCCAUUCGAGACGCAGGUCGCAGUCGUUCGACACGACCGACUCGGACUCGGAUUCCAACUCAGACGAAACACCUGGGCCGGAACUUGCCCCUGUGAGCAAUGAACAGGCCGCAAACGACAGUGAGGAUGACGAUGUCGGUCCGCCACCGCCCCCAUCACAAGCUGGCACGGACGGUCCCCACACUUCUAAUGCAACAGAUAGUCGCUUGACAAAGCGACCGCAAGAGACACUGGACGACGCCAUCCAACCUUCACAGAAGAAGCGCAGACCUGCCCUGCUACCUCAUGAGAAAACCUACCUCUCCAACCUUCCUUCUGCAGAUUGGUACUUCAAGUCGCUUAUGCACCGAGAUACCGUCAACUCUGUCACGGUUACUCCACGCUCCAACUUUGUCAUCACAACCAGCAUCGAUGGAUGGGUCAAGUUUUGGAAAAAGACAUCCCUUGCGCCCUCAAGUUCUUCGAACUCCUCUCAGCCCGCCAAGAAUGCGGCGUCGGCUUCCUCAUUGUACAGUGGCUCUUCGGUCGUUGAAUUCGUCAAGCAGUAUCGAGCUCACUUGUCGCCCAUCAUCGCUUGGAGCUGCUCAGCAGAUGGAGCGUCUUAUGCCACGCUCGAUGCGGACGCCAACGUCAAGAUCUUCGAUGUUGACAACUUUGACAUGAUCAACAUGAUUAAGCUUCCUUACAAGGCGAGGACCCUCGCUUGGGUCCAUCGCCCCGGCAGCCCGCGCACGCUGCUUGCCAUCACCGACGAAGGAUCCAGCAACAUUCGUAUCUAUGAUGGCAGAAGCGCUCCUACACAGUCAGCACAAGCAGACGCUCUUUCCCUCGAAGAAACAGCCUCAGGGGAUCCAACAACAACAGCACUGCUGCAGCGAAAGUCAAACACGGCUUAUGAACCCAUCCAUACCGCAUCAAAGAUCCACCGAGCACCUGUUCACAUCCUAGCAUUCAACGCGCAGCACAACGUCGUCAUUUCAUGCGAUGUCUCUGCCUUCGUCGAGUACUGGACCCCUGAAGAGCCUUUCUCGGCUCCCUCGCCGACCAAGGUUCCUGGCAUCUUCGAGUUGAAAUCGACAACGGAUCUGUUUGACUUCAAAAAGACAAAAAUCGUUCCUACGACGCUCACUUUUUCGAAGGACGGUGAAAAGUUUGCCAUCUUUUCCAUCGCCGACCGUCAGAUCCGUGUAUUUGACUUCCGCAGCGCCAAGAUUGCACGGAGAUACGAUGAAAGCCUUGACGCCUUGCAAGGUGUUCAAGCUCAGUUUGCUCCAGAGACUACCUCUGCUACAACCGACCCAACACACAAUCCCGACCAGAGCGACGUGGAAGACGCAUCAAGGCACCAAAUCGACUUCAAGCUAGAUCAGAUGGACUUUGGACGCAGGAUUGCGCUCGAAAGAGAGAUUUCGGCCUCCAGUGCACAAGGUCCCCUCUCAGGGUUAGCCAACGCGAGCUCAGCGUCCCUCUGGAAUGUAAUGUUUGACGAGUCUGGCCACUUCAUCAUUUACGCAUCACUACACGGCAUCAAGUUCGUCAACCUCGUUACCAACCAAUGCGUCCGCCUUUUGGGCAAGGACGAAAGCGUCCGUUUCAUGAAUUUGGCCCUCUUUCAGGGCGCGCCAGACAAGAAAGUCAGCUCGCUCGCUGCCGCUGCAUCGGAGAAUCCGCUGCUCGCCAAGCAGGGCUUAGUGGACCCGACCCUCUUCGCGACCGCAUUUGGACGUGCGAGGUUCUACAUGUUCACUAGAGUCGAUCCGGAUUCCAUGAGCGGAUCAGGCGAAGGCGGCACGAGUGAGAACCGCGACGUCUUCAACGAGAGACCCACUCGCGAAGAGCAGACCAUAGCAUCGGCCACAGCCGCCAUCGGCAAUGGUCGCAACCGCGGUGGCGACGGCAGUUCUUUCAAGCACACCACCGCCACGCUGCACACUACGUUAGGUGACAUCCAAUUGACGCUGUAUACCGAGCUCGUUCCCAAAACAUGCAAGAACUUUGUCGGCCUGGCAAAGAAAGGCUACUACGACGGCGUCAUCUUUCAUCGUAUCAUCAAAAAGUUCAUGAUCCAGACGGGAGACCCAUUGGGCGAUGGAACUGGCGGCGAGAGUCUCUGGGGUGGCAACUUCGAGGACGAAUUUCAUCCGAGCCUGAACCACUCCAAACCGUUUACAUUAAGCAUGGCCAAUGCCGGACCAAAUACCAAUGGCAGCCAAUUUUUUAUCACUACCGUACCGACACCUUGGCUUGAUCGCAAACAUACCGUGUUCGGCAAGGUCUCAGCGGGAAUGGAUGUAGUCAAGCGUAUUGAAGAUGCCAAGGUGGACAGGAACGACAAGCCUCGUCAAGAUAUCCGCAUCGUCAAUGUAAGCCUCCGAUGA